CUGAAGUCCUUCUCGAUCUGUUCUCGAUCCUAACCGAUUCCUAACCUCGCUGACAGGAAACUAUUCGAGAGCAUAUGCUCGGAAAUUACUUUAAAUUGAAAUUAAUAUUCAUUCGAAGAUGAAUUCGAGAACGCAGACAAGAAGAAUUCCCGAAUCGGAACCGCGUAUAGAUUACGUACAGUGCGAUGGGCUAGUGGUUAUGAAAAUGGUGAAACAUUGUCACGAAGAGUCUAUGAGCAACAUGGAUGUUGCCCAAGGCGCCCUUCUCGGUUUGGUUGUUCAAAACCGCCUCGAAAUCACGAAUUGCUUCCCUUUUCCUAAGAACGACGAGAUCAUGGACGAAGAGGAAUAUCAACUGGCCAUGAUGCGUCGUCUUAGAUGGGUCAACGUAGAUCACUUCCACGUCGGGUGGUACCAGAGUGCAGACGUUGGAAACUUCUUAAAUUUGUCGCUUUUGGAAUCCCAGUAUCACUAUCAAACCUCCAUCGAGGAAUCGGUUGUGCUUAUAUACGACACGGCUAAGUCAGCCAGAGGUUUUCUGACGUUAAAGGCAUACAGACUCACUCCGCAAGCUAUACAAAUGUACAAGGAAGGAGAAUUCACUCCAGAAGCUUUACGUACUUUGAAGAUCGGUUACGAGAGCCUCUUCAUUGAAAUACCAGUUGUAAUAAAAAACAGUAAUUUGACUAAUAUAAUGAUGUCCGAAUUGGAAGAAAUGAUUCCUGAAGAGGAAGGUACAAAAUACUUAGACCUUGGAACAGCCACUGUUUUGGAGAACCAAUUACGUUGCUUAAUGGAUCGCGUGGACGAAUUGAAUCAGGAAGCUAUGAAGUUCAACAGGUAUCAACAGUUAGUCGUUCGCCAACAACAAGAGAAGAACAGACUUUUAGCUAAAAGGGCCCAAGAAAAUGCUGCCAGGGCCGCCAAAGACGAGCCUCCACUGCCAGAUGACGAUAUCAAUAAACUCAUGAGACCCUUGCCUGUUCCACCAAGACUGAAUCCAAUGAUCGUAGCUGGCCAAAUUAAUACGUACAGCGAGCACAUUUCGCAAUUCUGUGCUCAGAGUUUAGCAAAAUUAUAUAUCACUCAAAGUCUUCAAAAUGCGAAAGAGUCAAAAUCUUCACAUUAAGAAUUGUAUUCAUAAUUUAUCCAUUUGUAUAAUAUUAAAAAUGAAAAAAUGACAUUAAAGGUAAUAAAACUUUGUGAAACUAUC